GUUGAAACACCGCUUCUCUAUGGACUCUUCAGCAUGAGUGCAUCUCACUUAGGAAAAACGCCUCUGGAUAUAGCUAAGCUGCGAGAUGCUGUAAGAAAACGACUCCCAGAGCUAUUGGACACGGUACGAGGAAAGAAGGGACUUAUCCUUGAUCCACAAUUAACCGGACCACUCAGUCUUAUUGCCGAGAUUUCAAUAUUGAAGGACCAUGGCGUGGAAAAGAUAUAUCACUUAGAUGACAAUAUUUUGGACACGGACUGCAAGAACUUGAUAUACAUAUGCAGACCGAAACUCAAGUAUAUGAAAUAUAUUGCCGCUCAAAUUCGCAAAGACCGCCAGGAUACAUCUAAAAGAAUAGAGUAUUCCUUGUUCUUUGUCUCACAACGGACAAUGUUGUGUGAGCGUGUUUUGGAAGAAGAAGGAGUGCUUGGCGAUAUCACUCUCGGUGAAUUUGCCAUGGAGUGGAUACCAUUCGAAGAUGACCUCAUAUCUAUGGAACUUGAUAACAGUACUUGGAAAGAAUUGAACCUGGAUGGUGAUACCACUGCUAUUCAUCAGGCGGCUAAAUCACUCAUGAAAUUACAACAAAUAUACGGCUUGUUUCCACGAAUAAUAGGAAAGGGAGAUUCUGCAAAGGCUCUGGCAGAUAUGCUCAUUAGGAUGCGCCGUGAACAAGCUGUCGUAGAAGAAGUGUCUUCUUCCACCUCACGCCAAAACCCUUCUCUAUUGAAUUCACUUUCCACUCAUAUUGAUCAACUAGUCAUCAUCGAUCGCAACGUAGAUUUAUACACCCCGCUUUGCACGCAACUAACCUAUGAAGGUCUAAUUGAUGAAAUAUUCCGUAUAAAGCAUUCCUUUGUUGAACUGGAUCCUUCCCUUGUUGGCACAGCACCUGCUCCUGGACAAUCAGUGAGUGCGCAGCCAGCGGCUACCCCAGCUGGAGCAAGUGCUGCGGUUGCUGCUGGGAAGAAGAAGAAUUAUGCACUCAACUCUGGUGAUAAGCUGUUUUCUCAGCUUUGCGAUUUGAACUUUGCUGUUGUUGGAGGACUCUUGAAUAAGAUUGCGAAGCGCAUUAAUGAAAACUAUGAGGAGAGACACCAGGCCAAGACUAUGGCCCAAAUUCGUACAUUUGUUGGUAAACUUCCUGAUCUGCAACAAGAACACCAGUCUUUAAGAACUCACACUGGAAUUGCUGAAGAAAUCAUGUCCCAAACCAUCACCGACGAAUUUAAUCGGAUGCUGGAAACUCAGCAAAAUUUGGUGGCUGGCGUGGACUCCAACAGCGAAGUGGAUUACAUUGAGGAACUAAUCGAUAAGCAAGAACCCAUCGUCAAAGUGUUGCGUGUGCUAUGUCUCAUGUCGCUUGUGCAAGGAGGUCUAAAAGCCAAAGUACUAGAGCACUUUAAGCGAGAAAUCAUUCAGACAUACGGCUAUGAACACAUUCAGACGCUGUAUGAUUUGGAACGUCUAGGACUAUUCAAUGUGCGUACAUCAAGCAACGCUUCAAGAGCAGCUUAUGCCAAUGUCAGAAGAACCCUUCGAUUGAUCGUCAAUGAGGUGGACGAACACAAUCCUGCCGACAUAUCAUAUGUGUACUCUGGCUAUGCACCACUUAGUGUCCGACUUGUGCAGUGUGCGGUACAAAAGAUAAGCGCCGGUCAUGCAGGCGGCAGCGUACCCGGAAUAGGCUUGUUGGUCAAUGUCGUUGGAGGAGGCAGCUCAGGCACUAUUGGGUCCAACCAAACCGCUUCUCAAAAUGGCGGCCAGGACAAAACCGACAAAACCACUGUAACUGGGUGGAAAGGGUAUGAAGAGAUUCUCAAACUGCUCCCCGGAGCGGCUGUGGAUGAAGUUCAAACGGUUGAAGCCAAGAAUGAGAGGGAAGCAAAAGCCACUGCAGCCCGUGCCAAACGAUCACUGGGUUCUCAUCACAAAAAGACAACUAUUGUCUUCUUCCUCGGUGGAUGCACUUUCACAGAAGUUUCAGCCAUUCGGUUCUUAGCUCAACAAGAUGAAGGAGUUCGUGAUUACCUUGUGGCCACCACUCAAAUGAUCAACGGCAGUACUCUGCUGGAAUCGGUCAUCCAGUCUACACCAUUCGAUCGGGGAGAAUCGGUAGAGCAAGUCUAAAAACUAAUGUGAUACCCACCUUUUUGUUUUAAAAAAAUAAUAUAAUCAUUGGCGGGCGGCGCUUGAGGCCACUUGACUUGAAAUGGAGCAUGUUAAUCGGCUCAAGUAUGGAAUAUAA